UUUCAUCACCGUAAUAAUUGUUCAAUUUGAUUGAAAACAAUAAAAGUGAACAGACGAGUAAAGUACAAUCGGGUUAACUGACACACUUGCAUAGUAUUUCUCUCUCUCUCCCUGUCGUUCACCCACUCUCUCUCUUAUUUUACAUUAAUACAGUGUACUAAAUGUUAUAAGUAACACUGGAAUUUUAAUGAAUUUCGUUUUAUUUCUCCGGGUUUCAGUAUUCAUUUCAAGUAUUGAACAGAAUUUCAUAUCUUCAUUCUAUCAUCAUAAUCAUCAGCAUAACGAUUAAUUUCUCACAAACUUAAUAUAUUUUAAUGUACUGUAAAUUAUUUCAGUUUAAUGCAAUUUAGUGGAUUAAAUAGGUUACUUAUUUCAUACUGGAAUUUAAAUCAAGCUCAAAGAAUCAUUUAUCUACUACUCAAUUUAAUUUUGUUCAAUGUUGAAGAGUGUACAGGAUUAGGUUAUAAUGUAGCCACGAAAUACAAUCGUCCACAAUUCAGAUGGAGACGAUCUCUGACUCCUUGUUCAUGGCUGGAACGUGGUGGCUUUUUCAAUAUGCCUAAGUAUUACAAUUCUUUAUCUCCAUUUGUACAACGACGACAUAUAUGCUCAGGUCAUACAACUUGUCCACUCAACUGGCUUCCAACAAAUGAUGUCAGAUCACUAACAUUCAAACUUAUAGGUACUGAUGAUAUGCGUGAUUAUGAAUUUCAAGCUCAUUUUUGUAAUCGAAUCUAUGAAGCACGACAUCGUUACUGUACAAAUGAAGAAGGUGAAAUUGCAUUUGAACUUAGACAAAUUGGUACAUGGCUUAUGGUAGAUCGGAUCAAUUGUCGGUGUUUAGGCAUAGCUGAUGUGGAACGUUAUGGUUACAGUAAAGGUGUUCAAUUUGGAGAUCGUGUUUUUCGUGGUAAUUACAUACAUAUGACGUGUGCAACAAAACCUCAAUGUAAAAUAGAUGACUUUUGCUAUAUUGAAACACCGAGUACAGAUGGUUACAUCUAUGGUGGUCGAGUACCAUGUAUUUGUCCAAAACAAUAUCAUUGUCCAAUUUACUUUAUACGGGAUAAACGUAUUCCACAAGUCAAUGAUGAUGGACGAGUUAUCAGUUAUGGAGUUAAAUGUAAACGAAGAAUCUAUUGAUUAAUCAAAUUUCUCUUAAUGAUUAUAAUUAUAUUUUGGCUCCUUGUUUUCUUAUCUAACUGUUAUUAUUCCAGUUGGAUAAUAGUGAACAAUCUUUUCUGUAACAUGAUCAAUAUUCAAUACUUAUUUAUUUUCACUGUGUGCCUUACACAUGUUAGCGCGCAGUUUUAAAUGUUAGGAAAAUAAAGAUGGUAGCAAAACAAUACCUAACGGUAAAUGUAUGCUUUAUCCUUUCUUUGAAAAUCAUUAAUAUCUGAUAACAUAAACAAUGCUUUUUAGAAUUAAAAGUCAGACAGACUACUGGAUAAUCUGUUGUUAAAUAUGAAUCUAGACUUGGUGUUAAAGCUAGUUCAUCUGUAUCUUUCAUUGAGAACAACAUCACUUAAU